CGAUAAUGGAGAAGUCUGAAAGUCAGAUGGAUAUCGUGGAGAGAUCGAGCAGGAGCAGCUCCCGGCGCUGGAGCGGCGCGGAGAUUGGACUCACAGUGCUGGUUCUGCUCAUGAGCGGUGCCGUGGCGGCGCUGGUCGUGCUCUACACAGCGAGAGAGACCUCCUUCCACCAGGCCAGUGUGGAGGCUGUGUGCACCACCCCAGGGUGUGUGACUGCAGCGGCCCGGCUGAUUCAGAACAUGGACCCGGAUGCUGAGCCCUGCCAGAACUUUUAUCAGUACUCCUGUGGGGGCUGGCUGGCCCGCCAUGUGAUCCCAGAGACCAACUCUCGAUACAGCGUGUUCGACAUCCUGAGAGAUGAGCUGGAGAUCACCGUGAAGGGAGUGCUGGAGUCGGAGCAGGAGGAGGAGCAGGACAGAGACGCCUUCCAGAAAGCCAAGAGACUUUACCAGUCCUGCAUGAACGAGAGUGUGAUCGAGCUGCGGGACUCCGCCCCUCUGCUGGCACUGGUGAGCCGGAUCGGGGGCUGGCCUGUGGCCUCAGCAGACUGGGACAGCAGCAGAGAGGAUCCCUGGAGUCUGGAGGACACUCUGUCCACUCUCACCGCUCGCUAUCACAAGAAGGUCCUGCUGGACAUGUUCGUGUGGACAGACGACCGCGACUCCAGCCGACACAUCAUCUAUAUCGACCAGCCAGGCUUGGGAAUGCCGUCCCGGGAUUACUACUUCAACGAUGGGAAUUACAAGCAGGUGCGUGAUGCGUAUCUGCAGUUCAUGGAGAGUGUGGCGGUCAUGGUGCGUGCCGACCGCGGCCUGGCUCGUAACGAUAGCUUCGUGCGCGAGGAGACAGCAAGGGUCUUGCAGCUGGAGACCGACAUCGCCAAUGCCACUUCCCCCCCAGAGGAGCGCAAUGACGUUACCCUGCUCUACCACAAGAUGGCGCUGACAGAGGUCCAGCAGAAAUUCACAUUGAACGGGUUUAACUGGACGCGGUUCAUGCAGGGGGUUCUGUCCAGCGUGAAUAUUGAGCUGCUGCCCCAGGAGGAGGUGGUGGUUUAUGGGGGCCCCUAUCUGCAGAAACUGGAGAGAAUCCUGCAGGCUUACCCAGUCAGCACCGUACAGAACUACCUGACCUGGCAGCUCAUCAUCGACAGGGUGGGCAGCCUGAGUCAGCGCUUCAAAGAGGCACGAGCAAACUAUCGCAAGGCGCUGUACGGUGCCACGGUGGAGGAGGCGCGCUGGCGGGACUGUGUGCGCUACGUCCAGAGCAACAUGGAGAAUGCUGUGGGGGCGCUGUACGUGAGAGAGAGCUUCGCAGGAGAGAGCAAACGCAUGGUCAGUGGGAUGAUCAGUAAGAUCCGCCAGGCCUUCAUCGAGACGCUGGAUGAGCUGCGCUGGAUGGACCAGCGCUCCAAGGAGAAGGCCAAGGAGAAGGCCAUGGCAAUCAAGGAGCAGAUUGGAUAUCCCGAUUACAUCCUGGAGAAGGGGAACCCCAAGCUGGACAUGGAGUACGCACAUAACUCUUCCCUAGGACCUCUUAGACCGCCAGCGGCCUCGGGUCUCUCGGACUCUUUGAGCCCUUGGCGAGAACGAGUGGACCCCGAUCUAUGGAUCAUCGGUGCUGCCGUGGUGAACGCCUUCUACUCACCCAACAGGAACCAGAUAGUGUUCCCGGCUGGUAUCCUGCAGCCCCCCUUCUUCAGUCAGCAGCAGCCCCAGGCUCUCAACUUCGGGGGGAUCGGAAUGGUGAUCGGACACGAGAUCACACAUGGCUUCGACGACAACGGCAGGAAUUUCGACAGGGAUGGGAACAUGCUGGACUGGUGCAGUAAUUUCUCCACCUCUCACUUCAAGGAGCAGUCUCGCUGCAUGGUGCACCAGUACGGGAACUACACCUGGAGACUGGCGGGGGGGCAGAACGUGAGUGGGAUCAGCACUCUCGGUGAAAACAUUGCUGACAACGGUGGAGUGAGACAAGCGUACAAGGCCUAUCUCCAGUGGGUGCAGAAGGAGGGGGAGGAGCCUCGGCUUCCUGGCCUCGAUCUCGACCACAAGCAGCUCUUCUUCCUGAACUUCGCCCAGGUGUGGUGUGGCUCUUACAGACCGGAGUAUGCCAGCCAGUCCAUAAAGACCGACUCACACAGCCCCCUGGAGUACAGGGUGAUGGGGUCCCUGCAGAAUUUCGAGGCGUUCUCAGAGGCGUUCCACUGCAAGCAGGGCAGUGCCAUGCACCCCAAGGAGAAGUGCCGCGUGUGGUAGCCAGGGGGCGCCACUCUCUGCUCACCAGCUCACUGCUGGCCAAUCCCGUGCCUGAGAAUACACUUUGUGCCCCGCCCCCUCCCCCCUUCUUGGAUGAAGCCAAUCCCUGCCCAGCUCUAUGGAGUGUGGUGCUGCUCAGAAGCAGUGCAAGGUUCUGAGUGGCUCAUUGAAUUCCAGAGCGCAGUGUUUCUUCACAAUGAUCUCGCUCCUCCAGGGUGUGCUCCCUCUUCGAUUUGUUCUGCUUUAACAGAUGAAUGAACACGUUGAGAUGUUUAAUUUGACAGGGAAAUAAAACUCAAACUGACUCAGCAGCCAGUAAAACCCAGAAAGAAAACUGCCUCUUAUUUUCAACACGGCCGCAGAGAAACUCCUCCUUGAAACGUUUGUCAUUGAAUUGCAGUUUCUUUUAGUUUUUCCUAGUUUUUAGUUUUUUAGUUUUUCUUCCAGUGUUAAGUGUACAUGAUUAAUCCAAUGUUUUAAUCGUGUUCACUUCUCCUCCUCAUGGCUCCUCCUCCUGAUCGCUCCUCCUCCUCAUGGCUCCUCCUCCUCAUGACGACUCCUCCUCCUCAUGGCUCCUCCUCCUCCUCAUGGCUCCUCCUCCUCAUGGCUGCAUCAUGUGGCUGGAUGUCUGUGUGGCUGGUGCACGCCCCGGGUUCGACUCAGUGUUCAUACCCAGGUAGGGCUCCUGUCCUCAUGCAAUCCCACAAAACUCCAGAAGGGGUCAGUCAGCAAGCUGAGGAAGGAACAAAACGCUGGUCUGCCUGACUCCGUGUUUCACCUCAAUAACAGCUCUGAUGAAGCACUGGAGCCCAAACACUGGUCUGCUUGACUCGUUCUCUUCUAGUUUCAAUAAUCACACUGAUGAAGCACUAGAGCCCAAACGCUGGUCUGCGUGACUCAGUUCAAUUUCAAUAACUAUGAUGAAGCACUAGAGUCCAAACGCUGGUCUGCUUGACUCAGUUCAGUUUCAAUAAC